AUGCCCAGAGCUCACGACCAUUUUCACGGUCGGCAUUACCACGCUGAGCGCACAACUGGCCCUGUCAAGGCGCUCAAUCCGACGAAGAGAUAUCUUGUCGCCGACAAGAAGACACCCAAUGCCGAGUCUGACACUGGAAAAGAAUCUCGUCCGAGUGCUGAGAGCCCCGGGGUCGCGUAUGUCUGGAGGAGUCGCGAUAACAGGAAAGGACGACAUGCGCUGGCUAUCAGUGUUGAUCCUCACAAGCAUGAAGCAACAAAAGGACCGAGGCCGUCCAAUUCGUAUCAUCAGACUCUCCGCGGUAUCUUGAAGAUGUUUCUCAGAUACCCUGUCUGGGAUGUAUCGUACGAUGUCGCAGUCGUCUUCACAAUAGCGGAUUCACCGGGGAAAGACCGCAUGUGGUCUUGGUGGCCGACGUGGUAUGAACUACGAACGCAUUAUUUCUUCGACAUCGGCUUCUUGGCCUGUUCUUCCCAAACAUUCGGCGCCACGGUAUUCUGGAUAUCAGGCUUCACAGCCUUGCCGCCUAUACUCAACAAUCUCUCUACACCAGCUGAAAACGGCGUGUACUGGCUCCCUCAGGUGAUUGGCGGCACGGGCUUCAUCGUCUCAAGUAUCCUGUUCAUGGUCGAAGUUCAGCCGCGAUGGUACAUUCCAGCGCCGGGGGUACUAGGAUGGCAUAUCGGACUAUGGAACUUGAUUGGUGCUAUUGGCUUUACUCUUUGUGGUGCGCUGGGCUUCGGCAUUACGCAUCCGGGUGUUGAGUACGCGCUCACGCUCUCGACAUUCAUAGGUUCAUGGGCAUUCCUUGUAAGUCUGACGGCACUCUCUGAGACAUGGGACUAA